GGGUUGGGUUGGGUUGGUUGGUGUCUCCGGCCAUCCCGUCCGGCCUGGGCCUUCCUCCCUGGGCUCUUGGGUUCCGGCCUCGCAUGUAUGCAUGUGUGUCUGUAAUGUAUGUGUGUGCGUGGAUGUGCGGGCACUGAAUGGGGAGCUCCGCGCUGGCUGCCGCCGCCGCCGCCGCCGUUGCUGCAGCCAUGGAGAAAGGAGGCGGUGGUUGCGGGAGGGGGUGAUUCAGCGCCCCUUUCUUCCCUCUCCCACCCACCCCCACAACCCCACCCCACCCUCAUGAGACUCUGCCUGGUCUGGCUGGGCUGCUACACCUUGUCUCUGUGGGUGCUGAGGAAGAGGAUGUGGUCUGGGCCUGCCAGGUACCUGAGGAGCCCUUUAUCCAGGUCUCUCUACAUGAAUAUGAUGGGCAGCCACAGCCAGCCAGCCCCGGGCAUCAAGGAAAACCACCAGUGGUACGUGUGCAAUACAGAGCAGCUGUGUGAAUCUCUUCAGCCUAUCUUUGUCCAGAGUUACCUUGACCAAGGAACACAGAUCUUCUUGAAUAACAGUAUUGAGAAAUCGGGCUGGCUGUUCAUUCAACUCUAUCACUCCUUCGUGUCCUCUGUUUUUAGCCUGUUUAUGUCCAGGACGUCUAUCAAUGGGUUACUGGGAAGAGGUUCCAUGUUUGUGUUUUCACCCGAACAAUUUCAGAGACUGCUUAAAAUAAAUCCAGACUGGAAAUCCCGUCGGCUUCUCGAUUUAGGAGCAGGAGAUGGAGAAGUCACAAAAGUCAUGAGUCCUCACUUUGAAGAAACCUAUGCUACCGAGUUGUCUGAAACUAUGAUUUGGCAACUUCAGAAGAAGAAAUACAGAGUGCUCGGCAUCAACGAAUGGCAGAGCACAGGGUUCCAGUACGAUGUCAUCAGCUGCUUAAAUCUUCUCGAUCGCUGUGAUCAGCCAUUGACUGUAUUAAAAGAUAUUAGAAGUGUACUGGAGCCUACGAGAGGCAGAGUCAUCCUGGCAUUGGUUCUGCCCUUUCAUCCAUAUGUGGAGAAUGUAGGUGGCAAGUGGGAUAAACCUUCCGAAGUUUUGGAAAUCAAAGGACAGACGUGGGAGGAACAGGUGAACAGCCUGCCAGAGGUUUUCAGGAAAGCUGGCUUUGCCAUAGAGGCGUUCACUAGACUGCCGUACUUAUGUGAAGGUGACAUGUAUAAUGACUACUAUGUCUUAGAUGAUGCUGUCUUCGUCCUCAAACCAGUGUAAAUGUGUCUUCUGAGUCAAACCCAAGAAGCAGUCUGUGAAUGAAGCAUUUUGAUUUCGGGGUUUUUUCUCGGUUUUUAUUAAUUACAGGAUGGGAGGAAAUAAAAUUGUGGUUAUCCAUUCUAAAUCGACAUCAUGUAUGAAGUCUAAAGGUCAAAAUACUAAUUUCUUUGUAGUAUGUUUUGGAAGGGGGGGGGGAAAGAACUCUUUCUUUUUUUAAAAAAAGACAGAACUCUUCUGUUGAUGAUUUCUUAAACCCCCCACGAUGCACCUGCAAUCCAACAAUAAAUCGAAGAUAUUUUUAUACCUAACUAUGGAUAAGGAUCAUGAUCCAGCCAUAGCCAGGAAGCUACAUAAACUGACCCAGUGCAGCUGGUUUUUCAAGGACAUGCGAGAAUACUGGCAAUAAAGCUGUCCAUCCAGUAUAAAAAAACUGGAUUUUAUCAAGUGUUGGGAUGGAUUUUCUUCCAUGUUGAUGAAGUUAUUUUAUCUGUUGGUCUUCAGCACAUGUUUUUAAUCAUGCUAAUAAAACUUUUUUUGAGAUGA